AUGUGUGCGGUCCAUACUAUAAACUUGAGAGCUCGGAUGUGGCCACCCCUCCUCGACCACACCUUUGGAAAUGUCUGGACUUUCGUGAGUGCAUUAUUGACAUCCGAGGGUAAGGAGGAGUACCAUGACCUAGUGAGCCUACUAAGAGGUGCAAUAAGAAAAAUUGACAUUGAUCAUGUGAAGAAACUACAAAAUGGAGAUUGGUACUUGGAGGAUCUCAAAAGGGCAAAUGAACAUUUUUACAAGGGUUAUUUAGAGUUUUGUAGUUUCAGUAGUUGGUGUAGAUUUCUUAUGUAUGGGGUUGACUAUGGUUGGGGUAAACCAGUUUGGGUAUGCACAGCAACUACGCCUUUCAAGAAUGUGGUAAUUUUGACGAGUAGUAGUUGUGGGGAGGGAAUAGAGGCAUGGGUGAACAUGGACAUGGCCAUUCUUGAACAUGAUCAUAAACUCCUUUCUCUUGGUACCAAUGAAGUGCAUGGAUGCUCAAAAACUUGA